AUGAAGUGUUACUACUUUGUUUGAGAUAAUUUUACAAAUUCAAUAUGGUGAAUUGUUUCUGUUGCUAUUCCUAGAUGUCUGAGGUGGGAGUUGCCAUAUUGAUAUCUGAAUGAGAAAGCUAAUGCCAAUUGUCAUCAUUAUUAGAAAAUUUUAUUUUGUUGACAUAUCUUUUUUACCCAUGUUUACACAUGGAAGGUGUAUAAAUCAGUUGGAAUGUCUCCCUUUAAACAGUUCCAUUCAGCUUUCAUUCUGUUUUCAUCUCUUCUUAUGUUUGCUUUGACUGUGCUGUAAAGGAGAGUCUUAAAUCGGGUUAAAAAAUUUGCUUUGCAGCCUUCUUGGUAAUGUAUACAUAGGAAGGAAAUAGUAUUAACAGGCACUAUUUUGCUUGAAGAAAAAGGAAGUCAAACUGCAGAAGCAAUAAUAGAUUUGUUGGCAUAAAUCUUACCUGAUCCUGAUUAGAAGACCUACCACUCCUGCAAUUCACCUAACAAUAUGUAUAGAAAGGAGAAAGGAUAGUAUUUAGAGUUACAGAUCAUCAACAGCUCUUUCUAAGUCAAGGAUUAAAUACCCUUCUUCAAGUUUCUCAAAUUUCAUCCAAGCUUUGUCUCAGUUGAUACCAGAAGGGCUUCCCAAGUGAAUUCAGGUUGAGAGAUCAGUAGUUCAAACAAUUCAGGUUGAGAGGUGCUUAUUCUUACACAGAGAGAGAGGUAGAGAGGUAGUCUUGGGUAAUUAUUACAGUUAAUGGUGGUGGACAUGCAGCAAGCUAAACAUAGCCCAAAAUACUAUUGGUAGUGCUGGGGCCUUUUAUUUCUGUGGUAAGUCACCUUCGCUUAAAACUGGACAAAAUUAUGUCUUUAAUCAGACCUGCAGAUUCAUCUGCUCCUUCAUAUGGGGAGCCAAGAAUUUACCAGGCCAAAGGAAGCAGCAACCCUUCUGGUUUAUCCACUCAGAUGUACAGUUCAAAUAAACAGAAGUUUAAGCAUGUUACUGAAUCUAACCACUUGGACAAUUACAACCAGCAGAGCUUCCCCGAGUCCUCGACUGCAGAGUUGCAUGCGUUGCAAGCCAACGUCUAUCACCCAUCUAACUCUGGCGUUCCUGGGGGGGCAUUCUGCCCCCAAGUUUCCUGUUCCUCUGCUACCGCACACAACUCAUAUUUGGAGAAAAUCUUGGAUCCAAUAGACUCUGGUGAAGAUAAUAUUAGGUUAAAGCUUAGAGAACUGGAAAGUGCACUGUUGAAUGAUAAUGAUGAGGAUGAUUAUAAUUAUUAUGGUGGAAUUAGCGGUCCAGAACAUAACAUGGAUAUUGAUAGUGAAUGGGCUGACUCGAUCAAGGAUAUAUUAUUGCUGCCAAAUUCACCAAAGGACUCUUCAUCUGACUCCAACCUCAGUAGCAUAUGCGGCAACAAAGAAACAUCAGCGUGCACAUCUAGGCCCACAACCCCAAAGCAGAUGCUUUUCAAUUGUGCUGCUGCCCUUUCAGAAGGCAACAUGGAACAAGCGUCCACCAUCAUUGCCACUCUCCGGAGGAUGGUCUCUAUCCAAGGAGAUCCUCCCCAAAGAAUUGCGGCUUACAUGGUUGAAGGACUUGCAGCUCGCAUGGCUGCAUCAGGCCAAGGACUAUACAGAGCUCUGAAAUGCAAAGAGCCACCCACUUCCGACCGGCUCUCUGCCAUGCAAAUCCUCUUUGAGGUGUGCCCUUGUUUCAAGUUUGGUUUCAUGGCAGCAAAUGGUGCAAUCACAGAAGCCUUCAAAGGUGAAAAAGGUGUUCAUAUAAUAGAUUUUGACAUAAAUCAAGGGAGCCAAUACAUAACCCUGAUACAGGCACUUGCUGCUCAACCUUUUAAGCCUUGCGUGAGGAUUACUGGGGUGGAUGAUCCUGAAUCGGUUCAACGAAAAGUUGGUGGUCUGAAGAUCAUCGGCCAGAGACUGGAGCAGCUAGCAGAGGCAUGUGGUGUGCCAUUUGAGUUCCGAGCAAUAGCUGCCAAAACUGCAGAUAUAACCCCAUCAAUGCUCAACUGCCUGCCAGGUGAGGCUCUUCUUGUGAACUGUGCCUUCCAACUUCACCACAUGCCAGAUGAGAGUGUUUCAACUGUAAAUCAACGGGACCAACUCCUUCGAAUGGUAAAGAGCUUGACUCCUAAACUGGUGACUGUUGUAGAGCAGGAUGUGAACACAAACACUGCCCCAUUUUUCCCCAGGUUUAUUGAAGCUUAUAACUAUUACUCGGCUGUGUUUGAAUCACUUGAUGCAACAUUGCCCAGAGAGAACCCAGACAGGAUUAAUGUUGAAAAGCACUGCCUUGCUAGAGAUAUAGUAAACAUUGUAGCAUGUGAAGGCGAGGAGAGGAUAGAGAGGUAUGAGGUUGCGGGGAAAUGGAGGGCAAGGAUGACAAUGGCCGGAUUCAGACCAUGUCCAUUGAGCUCAUCUGUGAAUAACUCAAUCCAAGAGCUUCUAAAACAGUACUGCAACCGGUAUAAGGUGAAGCAGGAGGGUGGUGCACUUCAUUUUGGGUGGGAAGACAAAAUCUUAAUAGUUGCUUCUGCAUGGAAGUGAUUAAUUUGGCUUUGAUGAGGAUAUCAUCUCCAUGCUGGCAAAUGAAGUUUGGAUAUUUUCUUGUAAUCGACUUGAGAGUGUGUGAAGGAACUCAAAGACAUGUAACCAUUUGUGGUGUAACAAUUCGCAAGUAGGAUUGUUGCGUACAAUAAUAAAAGCUUUGCUGUUCCGGUGUGGUUUGUUCUAUAUAUAUUAGUUGACAACA